UUGCGAUCGCACCGAUAGAGACUGUCGCAGAAAUUUGCGAAUCGAAUGAAGAAAAACUCGAAAUGGCUGAACCCGUUAAAAAGAAACAGAAGACGGAAGACGAUAGAUCAUUAAUAGAAGAAAAGUUGGAACAGAGACUCAAUGGAAUUCUCUGUUGUGCCGUUUGUUUAGAUCUGCCGCGGAGUACAGUUUUCCAGUGCACUAAUGGACAUUUAAUGUGUGCUGGGUGCUUUACGCAUCUUCUAGCAGAUGCACGUCUCAAGAAUGAACAGGCUACCUGCCCAAACUGUCGCUGUGAAAUCAGCAAAAGUAUGUGCUCUCGUAACCUAGCUGUUGAAAAAGCAGUAUGUGAAUUGCCAGCAGCCUGUCAAUACUGUAACAAUUACUUACCAAGAAGUACGUUGGAAUUUCAUGAACGACAAGAGUGUAGUGAUAGGUUGACAAAUUGCAAGUAUCAGCGCAUUGGCUGCUCCUGGUGCGGACCAUAUCAUGAACUACAGGAACAUGAGCAGCAGUGCUGUCGCCCUCAAAAGAGCGGGGCUGAAAUCCUGGAGGCCCUCCAAUCCAUAGACCAAAUUCGUGAUGAUGAGAUGAAAGUGUACAGCAAUAUAUUCAACCUCCUGUCUUUUGAGAAGAUAACAUUAAAUGAUUUACAACUGAGACCAUACCGUACAGAUGAUUUCAUUCCACGUGUGUAUUACGAAACUUCGCGUUUCUCAGCAUUGGAUCAACAGUGGGUUGUGAAAGGCCAGGUCAAUGAUAACCACCGUGAUCCAUCCCAGAGCUACCAACGUACGAUCAGCUACCAGCUGGUAUUGAAGAGUCGUGUGGGAUCUAACUGUAACCUGGAUGUCCGCUUCAUUGUUCUGAAGGGUCCAUUCGGUGAAAUGAAAGUCAAGCCUGUUAUCUACAACUAUGAAUUCACCAGUGACAAGUAUGAGAGUGAUUACAAUCUACUUCCACUGUUCACCCUUGGGGAAUGUAACAAGUUGUUGGCUUCAAAGACUAUCAACUGCAGAAUUAUCAUGUUUCAAAUUCAAAAAUAA